GUAACGGGUGAAACGUUGCAGAGAUUAGCUUGCUAGCAGCUGUGUGACUUCUUUAUUGCAUAAGAUCUUCUGUCAUUCUCAUGCGAUGGAGGGGUCCGAUACAUACCUCAUACGACCUAAUCAUCAGCACAAGUUUAAGCCGGCCAUCGUGAAGACGUGCAUUCGGGAAAUUGUGAGAGAGCGACUGUCUGGGAUGCAGUAUGACCCAGAAGGAGUUCCGGAGCUGUCCCGUUCACUGGCAGAAUGCAUUAAGGACAAAGUGAAGAAUGCAGGGUUUGACAGAUACAAGCUCGUUGUGCAAGUGGUAAUUGGAGAACAACGCGGACAAGGAGUCAAGAUGUCUUCAAGGUCGUUAUGGGAUGCUGACACAGACAACUAUGCAGAAGAUGUUUUCAUGAACGACAGCUUAUUCUGUUUGGUGGCAGUUUUUGGAAGUUAUUACUACUGAGGACAUAAGGAUGGAUGAUGGAAAUCUUUCAGAUGAAAAGUUGUGAGCGGAACAUCCAAAUGAGGCUGCUCAGCCCCAGCACGUCAGGCCCACUGUGCAGGAUCUGAACUCACUGAUGAUUGCUGCCUCUCGAGAUCAAGACGGAUCCAGUGUAGAAGUGAUGGAUAUCUGUGUUGACAAUUUCUGCUUAAUGUUUUUAAAAUUGGGAACAAGCCACAAUCUUCACACUUUUGUUUUCCAGUUUAUUCCCACAGUUUAUUUUCAUCAUUUGGGGGAAAAGCCAGAUUCGGACUAACUCUUAUGUGACUAUGACUUAGAACUAGCCAUUUAGUAGCAGCGAAUACAAAACAAGCAACAAUACAGCCUCUUGGUAAGAUAAAGGGUUAAGCACUGUAUUUAUUAUACAUCCUAUUUGUGUAGACGAGGCUUCUGAAGAUGCCCUAUAUGUUACAUAGCAGCAGAUUCAUGCUCUUGGCAAAAACAUAAAGAGCUUACAAUAGAAACGGUCGUGAAGUGGUCUAUAUUUACAGAGUGUGUUUGCUGGCCAUUGCCAGUCAACAAAGAGGAGCCCAGGGCCCUGACUGCAGGCACUUAUGUUCUGGUCCAGAGUGCUUUAUCUGGGUUUAUACCACGGAAAGAGAAGAACUCACCAUCCUCAGCACUGCAGACCAGCAUCAACCUCUUCACUCUUAUUUUCUUCAUCACUGUUUCUGAUGAGCUUGCCUAAUAAUAUGAUAUAUGAUGAUUUCUGAAUUUGUCUGUCAGAUUACAAUUUGCUGUCAAUUACAAUUUACCGUCGA